AUGGAGCAUAACCUCCUGCCAAUACUUUUCAGAAAAAAGAAGUGGUUACCCCAAAAUCCGAUUAAAAAUCCAAUUAUAUUGUGUCAUGCUCCAUGCACUAUGCACAAUGCCCAGGCAACCCGUAAUCAUCCAGAACUGAAAAUAAGAGAUACGGAGCGCUCUGCUAACCAGUGGAGACUUAGGAAAACGACGUGGCGUGUCACGUGCCCUAGAAAUCUAGGAACAAGUGCCAAAUUUGAGGUGUUGCUUGCUAUCCUUGCACUUGCACUUGCAAACGGCUAUAUCGAAUCCGAACAGAUGCAAUUUCUUCCUGGAGAAACUGCCGUCGAGAUGGGUUGGUUUGAUCGCAACAUGGAAGGACCAGCUAGAAGUCACCUGGAUACGACUCAAUGA